AUGUCGCUCAAGAAGGUCGCAUCGAUCCUGGCCGUGUGCGUGGUGGUGAGCGUGCAGGGCGCAAGCGUAGCCCGUGAGGCUCCCUCGAGUGGGCUCAGCUGGGCCUGCGUGAACAACGCGAGCUGUGUGGCUGGACUGGUGCAGGAUGUGGCGCGAUCACUGCAAACGGGUCGUGCCCUUGAUUUGGGUGCAUUCCGCGUGCAACCUUUGGAGCGCCGAUUGGCCACCGAAGAUGGCCGUUCAUCGCGUGCCAUUGAUUUCCUGAGCUCGCACGCCCUCCAGGUGCCGAUCGGACCGACUGUACUGAACGUUGAACGAUCGGGUGACUACCCUAACUACAUGGAGGUGUCGCUGCUCAAGAAGGAGGACGGCGCCCGCGGCCGGACUCGCAAGCAUAUGCGCAUCUUCGUGCCCGCGUUCCUGGUCUUCAGCCAGAUCGGUUGGUACGCGCUGGCCAUCGCCGGCGUGAAGCUGCUAGCGAUUAAGGCCUUUUUGGUCGCUAAAAUUGCCCUAAUUGUCGUAGCAAUGAUGACGUUCAAGAAGCUCAUGGAACCGGUCGCUGUGAUGCCGGCGCCUUACUUCGACCACCCGGAGCCCUUCAUGAUGCCGUACGGUAUGGAUUUCCACCACGGUUUCGGUGGAGCCAGCAACGACGUGUACUCGAUGGGUUUGGGCGGCCAUCUUGGUCACCAUGAUGGACCUUCGGCUCUGCAUGCUGCCGAAGGAGGUCUUGGCGCCGCCAGCAACGUAAAUGCCGCCGUCGUCGACGCCGCACCGUCCAGUGCCGCCGACAAGUCUGGCAGUUCGCCGGCACAACCCGUCGCCGUAGCCGGAGGAAGCGAACGUCACCAUUUUGGGGCUGGAAGCAAGAUCAAGCGCCAGGACGUCGUUUAUCCGCAGCCCGCCGGCAAGUACUUCAGAUAG